AUGAACCCCUUCGUUCGCGAAUCUUCGGCCUAUCGACGGCUAAAAGAAAAGGGGUUCUGCGAGAGAGGUGCCAUUCCUUAUUUUUACGGCAUCGUAACAAACAUACAGUCCGACCUCUGGCCGAAGAUCUCUACGUUAUUUGACGACGGAUGGCCUCUCAAUGCAGUUCUUCUGGAGUAUAUCGACAACAUGCACCAAAUGGAUCUAUCUACGUUCUCGGAAGCGCGACUCUCACAAUUAGAACGUAUUCUCCACGACAUACACGAAGCAGGGGUUCUUCAUGGUGACACCGACCCUAGAAACAUAAUGGUCUGUCCGGGCUGUGACGGUAAACCAGAUAGGGUGCUAUGGAUAGAUUUCGACUCUGCCCAACUUCUUCCGGUAGAUGACCUUUCGUCUCUACAGCAAACGUGGCUGCAGGAUGAGAUUGAAUUGGUGGAUUAUUUCGUGAAGAAUUUGCCGGAAGACUACCGCGAGGGAAAACUGAGUCGCACCUGGGAUUAUUACUUCACGAGGAAAUGA